AUGCCCCCAAAACUGAGACCUCUUCCGCGAAAGCCAAAUGUCCCACCACCGUUAGAGAGCAGUGACGACGACAUUACGCUAGGCAACAUUCGUGUCGGCCCGAACGGCGUCGAGUUCACCGGCGAGGGUGAUCUGCACGUGCCCCGUCAAGACCUUGCGCUCGGCACGCUCAAGAUGGUAAGGCCUCUCGGGAGGGGUACGCAGGGAAAUGUGAGUAAGUAUGUUAGCACCAAGGACAACAAGGUGUAUGCGGUGAAGCGGCUCUACAUUCCUAGCACCUCGGAUAAAAAGAAUAAACUCACUGUUGCAGGGGAGCUACGCAACAUUCUCUCUCAGCAAGCCAAUGCAUACACCGUUGAACUCUAUAACGCAUUCUACCGAGAUAGGACGCUCUGGCUUGUCAUGGAGUACAUGGACUGGGGUAACCUCGAGGAGCUCAUCAACUUAUGUCCGGCCGUGCCGGAGACAGCUUGCGCGUACAUUGCAUCACAAAUUUUACACGCGCUCGAGGCCCUUCAUAGAAAAGUCAACCAUCACACAGAAACUGAUCAAAAGGGGCGCCGCCAGAUUCAUCGUGAUAUAAAGCCGGCUAAUGUGAUGUUGUCUGUCGAUGGAACGGUGAAGCUGACGGACUUCGGCAUUGCAGCGAGUGCGGAAACGAUUGGUGUCAAUUCUUUUGUUGGAACUGCAACGUACAUGAGCCCGGAGCGUAUUCAGGGCCGGAUGUACAGUACACCAAGUGACAUUUGGAGUGUAGGUGUCCUGAUUGCUCACCUUCUGUUGGGUAAAUUUCCUUUUCCCGCUGCGGAGAAGGGCUUCAUGGCUCUCCUGCACCAGGUGACAGAGUGUCAGUCGCUCCCUCUAGUCGACAGGUGCAGGUGCUCGUUGGAGGCGGAGGAGUUUAUCAAUUGUUGUCUUCGUCAAAAACCAGAGGAGCGUAGCACUGCGACAGAGCUGCUCGGACACAAAUGGAUUGUCGAGAAUGCUUCAAAAGGAAAGGAUAUCCUCACAGAAUUAUUAGCCAAGUUGGGAGAGCCUUCUCCCUUCAACGAGAAAAGCCCUUGUACUUGA